UUAGCGCGCGCGCUCCCGCUGCCAGACGAGACUUCUGCUUCCCUUUUUCCGACCGUGGAAAACGGGGUACUUUCGGACAAUGUCGUACUUUGCGAAUACGAGGAAGACGGUGGCAUAAAAAGGGUUCGCUGCUUCCCCCAAAAGACUCGCGUGGAAAUGCGAGAGAACAAGCUGGUAGUUUUAGGGGCCGGGGGUGUCGGCAAGACGUCGUUAAUAGUGCAGUUUUUGGAGGGAUUCUUCUCGUUCACGUACAAGCCAACGGUGGAAGAUUGUUACAGGCAUACGGUACAGACACCGGACGGCCUCUUCCACACGGUGGAGAUCCUGGACACGGCGGGCUCUCAUCAUUUUCCGGCCAUGCGGGAAUUGAGCAUCAGGUCGGGUCGUGGCUUCGUGCUCGUCUUCUCCGUCGACAGCCUCCAGUCCUUCCACGAAGCUGUGCAACUCUGGCAUCUCAUCGUUAAAAUACGAGGUGAGCACGUCCCGAUCGUGCUGGUAGGAAACAAGUCCGACCUGAUCGCCAAGCGCCAAGUGUCCCAAGACAUGGCCAUCAAGCUCGCUCAAGACAGCAUGCACAGUUGCCAGUACCUCGAAACAAGUGCCAAGUACAACGUCAACGUGAGCGAGCUCUUCGUCGAGCUCCUCCAGCAGACGUACGACAUGGAACAGCAACAGCUGCCGGGCAGUUCGUGCCCUUCGACCCCGGGACCCUCGGAAAGCUGCGACUCGCCGCAGCGAAAGCCGUCUCGGAAGCUCUCGCGGCGUCUGGGCUCGCUGGGGAACCUCCCCAGCAUCCGUCGGAAAUCGUCGGCUGCAUCGUCGACGGGACCGCCACCUACACCGCGGACUGUUGUGCGUCAGGCGUCGGAGCCGUUGAUAGACGAGGACCAGAAAUGCAACAUUUUAUGAAGCUGGCAACUGUGUGGUGGCACUGCAAGUGUCGAUAGACCGAUGGUGUGCGCGCGAAAGUUUCUAGUAUAGCUACUAGAUACUUUGCAGAUUAUUGUUGUGCGUUUUGUGAAACUUGAUGUUGUGUAGAAAUGUUGUAUUGUUUGUGAAAAGCAGAGGCGGUAAGUAACCCCAACCCGGUACCAGCGCCAUCUAGGCCAAAGAAGGCCUGCCCUACUGUAUCCGAAAGCGCGAUGACUGGACAUCAGCACAACGAUGAGGAACCCGGCGUACAAGUGUUCUUUGUCGUUGUGUAGCUUUCGGAUGCAAUAUGUCGUACCAAUGAGCUCGAUCUUCUACGCUGUUCCUCCAGGUCUACCCAUACUCUCUCCCCUCCGUUACGUAGAUAAUUCUGGACAUAGCUUAUGGCUGCGUACGACUACCCAUGCGGCUGACAGUGGCUUGUUUCCGUGGCUACGGCCGCUGAAAGCAUCGCAGUGAUUAGAGAGACCCCUUGUUAUGACGGGAAGCUCGAGUAGCGAUCAGACCUUCUUUAGUGUAGAUGACGUUGGUCCAAGUCAUGAGAGAGGUGGAGUCAUGAGAAGAAAAAAAAAACAGUUACAGGCUAUUUGAAACAACACAAUCGAUCAUUACUAGCAGACGACACUGCAGAGGUUGCAGACGGUCUAUAGCAGACGACACUGCGGAGGUUGCAGACGGUCCAUAGCAGACGACACUGCGGAAGUUGCAGACAGUCCUUAGCAGACGAUCUUUGGAUUGUAGAACCUCUUCAGCAAACAACACUGACUGCUAUGAAAAGAGGAAAGAGGGUAAUAUAUGUGUCGUUGGCCAUAUAACCCCGAUGAUGUGACGCUUGUCGUCAUCAGUCAAACCACAUUGGUUUCGCUUUCGCCUCGUAGAAUGCUGCUGGCAAAAUCGAUUAUUACAGAAUCAAUCAAUCAAGUUAUAUGGAGAACUGUAUCGACAUAGACCAUUUUCAAUGGACGCACACCUUUACACCAUGCCUAGCCACGAAGGACUAUUUUCUUAAACGAGUCUAGUACUACAGUGACCGUCUUCCAGCAAAGUGAUAACGCCCAUUGUAACUUACACGACAGGUCAUAGGUGCAACAUCGCUAUCGUUAUCAACGUUAAAAUGCGUUACGCGCGUUAGGAAAGUGUAAAAUAAAUACAUGACAUUCUAGGGUAAACAUAAACAAGCCCCCGUCACAACUUCCGGUGCCACGAAGACUUCCGGUCCUUCCGCGACUAAGG